CGAGUGGGUCGUGACUGUGUGCGAGGAAGUAGUACCCAUGUCUGAAUUACACGCUGCAGCACACCUGCAAGCCUGGUCAAUCUCUGCCGUUUCUACGAUUCUCCCAAUCUAGACCUGGUCUCGGAAAGGUUUUUCUCGUCCACAGAAUAGGUCGUGGAAUCCACAUGCGUGAACAGUCGCACAAAUUUCAAAGCUGGGCGUGUAGAACUGAAUCAACCUCUCAACAACGUCAUGAAGUGAAGAGUCGUUGACCUGUGAGUGUGUGGUCACGCUCCCACAUUUGUCAUCGUCCGUGCACCUUCCCCAUCAUCCACUCUCAUUCACAAAUUCCACCGUUGAGCAGCGAAGUAAAUCGAAUGCCAAUUUGGAGGAGGUAUUGUUAAAUCCACAGUCCGCUUAGGACGGGAUUCCCGAAUUCAAUGGCGGUGGAAUAUGAAAUGUGUUUUUGAUAUGAAAGGUUGUGAGAUGAUAUGUGACUCUCAAGAGCGGAGUCGACUAGAUCAGGGUCACGCCCUUUGGUCGCGCACCAGGGCAACCACUACAUUCUCCUGAUCGUUAAGUCACACUAAUAGCAGCGGUUCUGGGCUCUUCGACAUUGUUGCUACCUACUUAUCGCAAGAUCAGGUUGCUUGAUCCAGUCUCCUUCUUGUUAAGUUUGAUCAAGGAACAGUGGGAGCAAGGAUCGACAAUGUCAGCCUACUGGGGCAAAUAUGCAGCGAGCAAUCCACAAAGCAAAGGCGCUCAUCAAAAACACGCUUGCUGGAAAUGCGAUGAGCUCAUCAGAACCGCCAAGUUUAUCGGCACACCUGGGAAGGGCAUUCUUGCCGCAGAUGAAUCCACUUCAACAAUCGGCACUAGGUUGCAAAGCAUCAACGUCGAGAACACAGAGGCCAACCGCCAAGCACUCCGAGAGAUGCUCUUCACGGCUCCUGGCAUACACCAGUUCUUGAGUGGGGUGAUCAUGUAUGAAGAGACAUUGUACCAAAAGACUCUCGCCGGGAAGCCAUUUGUGAAGCUCCUGGAAGAAAUGGGCGUCAUGACAGGCAUCAAAGUGGACACAGGAGUCGUCCCGCUCGCCGGAACCAAUGGCGAGACCACAACCCAAGGGCACGAUGGCCUCGGCGCCCGAUGCAAGAAGUACUACGAAGCGGGAGCCAGAUUUGCUAAGUGGCGAGCGGUGUUGAAGAUUGGCCACACAGAACCUUCAGAGCUUGGCAUCCAACAAAAUGCGCAAGGACUGGCCCGGUAUGCCAUCCUGUGCCAAGAGAAUGGUCUGGUGCCCAUCGUCGAGCCAGAGGUUCUCUCCGAUGGCACCCAUGACAUCCGAAAAUGUGCCGAAGUAACGGAGCGCGUCCUGGCCGCAUGUUACAAAGCCUUGAACGAUCAGCACGUCUUGUUGGAGGGGACAUUGCUGAAACCUAACAUGGUUACCCCAGGCUCUGAGGCGCCGAAGGUCAGUUGCGACAUCAUCGCGAAAUUCACCGUGCGCGCGUUGCAGAGAACGGUGCCCCCUGCAGUCCCUGCCGUCAUGUUCCUCAGCGGAGGCCAGAGCGAGGAAGAAGCCACCGUCAACUUGAACUCCAUGAACGCGUUGCAAACCUUGAAACCAUGGACCCUGAGCUUCAGCUAUGGGCGCGCGUUGCAAUCCAGCGUGCUCAAGACUUGGGGUGGCGAAAAGAAAAACUGGGUGGCUGCUCAGAGAGUGCUCUACAACCGCGCUAAAGCAAAUUCGGAGGCUGUCUUGGGGAAGUACAAGGGUGACUCCGGCGGUGACUCUGGAAACCUCUUCGUCAAGGAUUACAAGUACUGAAUGCUCUCUAGCUGCAACGCACAAGUUAAUUAUCUCUACGCAUUUCGCUGUACAAUCGUUGGUUUUGUUCCUGCAACUUGAUUGGCAGGGUAUUCCUAACCCCAGAACUCUACCGUUUCCAUCGUUUCAAAAAAUGAUCUAAACUCUAGCCUCGCGAAUUGUAGGGUGUAUUUGAAAUGUAUGUGCACAGCAAGCAGCACGUUGUCAACAAUUUGAUGGGUAACUACAGUGAGCUAACACAUGUAGAACCUUUUAGCUUGACCCCAAAUAUCAUAGUUAACAGGCUUAUAUAUUGAAAUAUCAAAAAGACAGAAUGAUAUAACAUGGAUUGCAACAGGAAAAAGUUAGGCGCUGGCCACACCAGUUUUCA